GAUGUCCUGUCUUCUGAUGUAACCGCUAACCUGGAUAUAUCAUCAGCUACCGGCAGCACACCGACGCUGAGACACCGGACAGGACGUGUUGUUGGAUGAUGGAGGAGCAGCGGUGAGAUCCGUCCACAGCAGCGGGGCUCACGAGGCGGACACACCGAGGACUGAACGCUCCGUGCGGGGGACAACAGCACACAGCCACCGCUGACCCUCCACUGCUGAACAUAAACACCAUCACCGACGCUACAGCGGGCUGCUCUCCACCGCACUCCGGGAAAAUACACCUUUAACUGACAGCAGUGAUGCGUUCAGGCUCCGUGUGGACAUCCAGCUGAAGAACCGGGGCUGCAGAUAAACUCCGGGCUGCAGGAAGAAGGAGUGGGAACCAUCACUGGGGAUGGACUGCAGGCGUGAAUAACGAUGACUCCCAUCCUCGCUGUUUGAACAUGCUGCUCGGGUAGCGGAGCCGACCGAGAGGAGCAUCUACCCUCUUCACACUCCUUCCCCUCUGGACAUAAACACACACACACGCGCGGCUCAACUCAAGCACAACCAUGCUGAUCAAGGAGUAUCGCAUCCCCAUGCCGAUGAGCGUGGAGGAGUAUCGCAUCGCUCAGCUCUACAUGAUCCAGAAAAAGAGCAGAGAAGAGAGCUGUGGCGAGGGCAGCGGCGUGGAGAUCCUGGAGAACAAGCCUUACGAGGACGGCCCCGGCGGCUCGGGUCAGUACACGCACAAAGUCUACCACAUCGGCAAACACAUCCCGUCCUGGUUCUGUGCCAUCCUGCCUCAAGCUGCCCUGCGCGUGGAGGAGGAGUCCUGGAACGCCUACCCCUACACACGCACCCGGUACACCUGUCCCUUCGUCGAGAAGUUCUCUAUAGACAUCGAAACGUAUUAUAAACCAGAUACUGGAAAUCAAGUGGACGUCUUCAAUAUGUCCUCUGCUGACAAGAGACAGAGGACUGUAGACCCCAUAGACAUCGUAAAGGACUACAUCCCUCCUCACGAGUACCUGGUGGAAGAAGACCCCAAACUUUACCAGUCAGUCAAAACCAAACGGGGUCCGCUGUCCGACGACUGGAUCGAGGAGAUCAACCAGAAUCCCGGUGAAAGCCCCGUCAUGUGUGCCUACAAGCUCUGCAAAGUGGAGUUCAGAUACUGGGGCAUGCAGUCCAAGAUCGAGCGCUUCAUACACGACGUGGGUCUGCGCAAAGUGAUGGUUCGAGCCCACCGGCAGGCGUGGUGCUGGCAGGACGAGUGGUACGGCCUGACCAUCGAGGACAUCAGGCAGCUGGAGCUGGAGACCCAGCUGGCUUUAGCUAAGAAGAUGGCCCAGUACAGCCUGAAUGAAGAGGGGGGAACAGAGACCAACGGCUCCUCCGUCAGCCAGGACCAGGAGCAGGAAGCUGAGGCUGUGGGAUCGGCUGCAGAGGCCGAAGGAGGAGGAGGCGGGAAGCUGGGAGAUUCACUGGAGACACGAGGGGAGCUCACUAAGCAGUGGUCAACAUCCUCGAGAUCCUCCAACAGGUCGUCAAAGAGAGGCGGAAGUCCGUCUCACCAGAGCAUUUCAGAGUGGAGGAUGCAGAGCAUUGCCCGAGACUCAGAGGACAGUACAGACGACGAGUUCUUUGAUGCACAUGAGGACUUUUCUGACAACGAGGAGAUGUUUGCAAAGGAGAUCACCAAGUGGAGCUCCAACGAUCUGAUGGACAAGAUAGAAACAAAUGAGGUGGAUGAAGCACAAGAAACUUUGUACCAGGAGUCGGGCGGCGAGUACGCAUCGAUGAGUAAUGAGGAGAGGCAGAUGGAGGACUGUUCGACUCAGCAGUGUCUCCAGCCGUCCAAAACUCACGUCCUCGUUCUGGUCCUGCAUGGAGGGAACAUUCUGGACACCGGCUCUGGUGAGCAGAACAACAAGCAGGGAGAUGUAAACACGCUUAGCGGAGCUUUUGAGACGGUGAUGAGGGUCCAUUAUCCCGCAGCGCUGGGCCGCAUCGCCAUCCGGAUGGUCCCCUGUCCUGCUGUGUGUGUUGACGCAUUCUCACUAGUCUCCAAUCUCAGCCCCUACAGCUAUGACGAGAGCUGCCUGUCCAGCAGCCAGGAUCACAUCCCGCUGGCUGCUCUGCCUCUUUUGGCUACCUCUGCACCACAGUACCAAGACGCCGUGGCAACCGUCAUCUUACGAGCCAAUCAGGUGUACAGCGACUUCAUCAAGUCUCUAGAGGGAGGGUCAUUUAGUGGGCAGGUGUGUGUUAUCGGAGACUGUGUUGGAGGUAUAUUGGGGUUUGAUGCUCUGUGCAGCAGCUCGGUGACGGUGUCAGAAAGCCAGAACAGCAGCAGACGGGGCAGCGCCAUCAGUGUACAGGACACAGACCUUCUCUCUCCAGGUAUUGUCAUCAACAGCGUCUCUCCGUCCUCGCCGUCCCUUGAAGGAAGCCGCCAUCUCAGCCGCAGCAAUAUCGACAUCCCUCGCUGCUCGGGGCCAGAUGACCCCAAGAAACAACUUCCACGCAAGCGCAGCGACUCCUCCACGUAUGAGCUGGACACCAUCAAACAUCACCAGGCCUUCCUCUCCAGUCUUCACUCCAGCGUGCUCCACGGGGAGCCCGGAUCGCGGCGCUCCAGCAGCAGCACGAUGCUUGAAGGAGGCUCUUUGGGAAAAUUUGACUUCGAGGUGACGGACUUCUUCAUGUUCGGCUCUCCUCUGGGGCUGGUGCUCGCUCUGAGGAAGACUGUGGUGCCCUCGUUAGAUGUCUCAGCUCUGCGUCCGGCCUGUCAGCAGGUUUACAACCUGUUCCAUCCAGCUGACCCCUCGGCCUCCCGCCUCGAGCCCCUCCUGGACAAACGGUUCUACCUGCUGCCUCCCUUUAGCGUCCCCCGUUACCAGCGCUUUCCUCUGGGUGACGGACACUCUGCUCUCCUGGUUGACACGGUGCAGAGUAACCCUCAGCUUCUGAUGGAGUCAGCUGGUGCAGCUUCCCACCGCUGUCCGGACAGCACCGUCAACGAGACCUCCAUCCCUGUACCUGUCCUCAACUGGCAGCUCCACACAGAGACGGAAUCUUCUCACUCACAUAUUUUUGUGGACAGCCCGCACCCAUCGUCCACGUCUCCAGGGGUCCCUCACCUCCGCUGCACCCGCCGGGCCAGCGAGGUCAGCAUAGCCAGCCAGGUGUCAGGCUUAGCUGACUCCUACACCGCCUCCAACAUCGCCACCACACACAAACGUGGAGUCAACCACAGUAAAAGGUCCCGCCUGCUGUCCCAGCUGGCUCUGCCCUACAAUAAGUUGGCCUCUCGGAGCCCAUCACUGCGCUCGGGAAAGACAAUCCAUCGGGUUUUCCCGAAACCCAACGGCGUGGAUUCUGAGCAGAGCUCGGACGUUAGCUCUGACCUCACGGAUGUCACGUCUGACAUCUCAGACAUCAGCUCAGUCCCCCCGUCACCGCGGGUGCUGAAGAACAUAGAGCAAGUUGCUUCUCGGUGGUGGGGCAGUAAGAGGAUGGACUUCGCCCUGUACUGCCCCGAUGCCCUGACAGCGUUUCCCACAGUGGCUUUGCCUCAUCUCUUCCACGCCUCCUACUGGGAGUCCACAGACGUCGUGUCCUUCUUACUCAGACAGGUGAUGAGACAUGAGAACUCCAGUAUUUUGGAGCUAGAUGGUAAAGAAGUGUCUGAAUUCACUCCAUCCAAACCUCGAGAGAAGUGGCUCCGCAAGAGGACUCAUGUUAAAAUCAGGAACGUGACAGCAAACCACCGAGUGAACGAUGCCGUGUUCACAGAGGACGGAGUUCAGAUGGUGAUGGGACGUUUCAUGUACGGCCCUCUGGACAUGGUCACCCUCACUGGAGAGAAGAUCGACAUCCACAUCAUGACCCAGCCUCCCUCUGGAGAGUGGGUGUACUUUAACACAGAGCUCACCAACAGCAGCGGACGCGUCUCUUAUGUAAUCCCAGAGAGCAGAAGGCUGGGCAUCGGGGUGUAUCCUGUCAAGAUGGUGGUCAGGGGCGACCACACAGUUGCAGACAGCUAUCUGUCUAUUGUACCACGAGGAACAGAGUUUGUUGUGUUCAGUAUUGACGGGUCGUUUGCUGCCAGUGUGUCUAUAAUGGGCAGCGAUCCAAAGGUUCGAGCUGGAGCUGUGGACGUGGUGAGAUACUGGCAGGACCUGGGCUACCUGAUAGUAUACGUAACGGGUCGCCCUGACAUGCAGAAGCAGCGUGUGGUGGCCUGGCUCUCUCAGCAUAACUUCCCCCACGGCGUCGUCUCGUUCUGCGACGGGCUGGUUCACGACCCUCUCCGGCACAAGGCCAACUUCCUCAAAUGCCUCAUCAACGAGGCCCACAUGAGGAUCUUUGCAGCCUACGGUUCCACCAAGGACAUCUCUGUGUACACGUCGAUCGGCCUGCCUCCGUCACAUAUCUACAUAGUGGGAAGACCCACGAAGAAGAUGCAGAACCAGUGUCAGUUCAUUCCAGACGGCUACGCUUCCCACCUCUCCCAGCUGGAGUACAACCAGAGGUCUCGUCCCGCCAAGUCCGCCAGCACCCGCAUGGUCCUCCGCAAGGGCAGCUUCGGGCUGGGUGCAGCCGGCGGAGACUUCCUUCGCAAGCGCAAUCACAUCUUUCGCACCAUCUCGUCCAAGCAGCCCGGCGGGGCGGGGUCGGCCUCUCCCAACCAGCCGGGGCGGACCGAGCGAACCCUGAGCCAGUGCGAGGUGGAGCGGGAUCGAGGGGUCGUGCCGGCCACCCAGAGGAGCAUGAGUAUAGCUGCAGGGUGCUGGGGUCGCACCGGCAGCACCAAGGAGGGCAGCAGUGGGUUACUGGGCCCUAAAUAAGGUUCAGUGAGGAGCUGUGGUGUGAAAGGACCCGGCCUGAGCCACCAUGAUCUCUGGAGCAGACACAGAGAGAAGAAGAUGGAGCGGAUGGAGGGUUUGUAUUUUAGAAAUUAAAGAGAUAAGUGAGGGUGACAGCUUGAUAGAGAUAGAGAAGGAUCUGUCCAGGAGGAGUGGACUAAUCAGGCCCAGUGGGAUCCAGCGAACAAAAGACAAUUCUGUAGCAUGACUCUUUUACAGUAAUACUUUUAUAGGAUACAUCACUUACUAUUCAAAAAAAAAAGACAAGGAAGGAUUAAAUGAAAUAUUGUAAGCCUUAAACUAAUCUCGUAUAACGGGACCCCUCCUCCCCUUUUACCGCACACACACUCGUAAAGACUGUCCAAGCAUUCACACUCUCAUGAGCUCAGGACAAACUGCAGAGCCAGAUUCAUCUUCAAACACGGGUCUGAGCCAUGGCGAGGAGCCCAUGACUUUCACUUCUGUUUCUGUCCCACUGUCAGCUGAGCUACAACAUGUUCAAACACUCUGCCCAGAAGUGACUGGCAAUAAGAACAGAGUGCAGAAUACACAGUCACUUCAUCCAAUUUACACAUCAGACAUAUUUACUCACCUUCCUCCUGUGGUGUCUAAUCAUGCUGAUAGUUUUGGGUGUAUGUGUGCAGGAUUUGAUUUGUCACAGAUUACAGCGUCCACCUUAAUACAAGUAAUAAUGACACUGAUGACUCUUGCUGACUUUAGUGACUGACUUCCUUUGGCACCACCACAAGAUUGACAUUUGUGGUUUUGAGUGAAAGUAAAAAACUGCCAUGAAGAAUUGUCAAAAUUUAAAUUUGUUCAAUACUUUUAUGACCAAAUAGCAAAAGUAAAGACAUUCCCAUUAUUCUCAACUCAACAUUGUGUCUUCAGUAGUGUUAGCAUACUUAGUGUUAAUUUUGGCAGUUAUUUUAGAUUUAGUCUUUAGACAGAAGGGCUUUUAAGUCUAGUUUUAGUCGAUAAAAAGUCAACACACUGAACUAAUUCACCAAGGCAAAUACAGGUAUCAGAAAUUUGAAUCAAGUUGACAGGUCAUAUCAAGUGUUGAAAUUCGUGAAAGCAGCAUUUCACACGUUUAUUUAUUUAUUUAUUUAUUAUCAAAGUUCUAUUUCUUGUCUUUGUUGUGGAAAGAGGCUGCUGACAAACAUUUUUUGUCAUCGAUUUUGUUAAGGCGAUAAAUACUGCAUGCUAAUACGCUAAUCUAAGAUGUUGGACAUGGUAAACAUUACACCUACGAAACAUCAGCGUGUUUGCACUGUCACUAGUCAGGUUUCCAUUCAACUGUAAAGCAAAUUUUUAUGCAAACUUUUGAAUUGUCGCCAAAAAGAAAUACGAAUUAUGCAUGUUUCAUUUGGAGCGAAUCAACUUGGUGACACAAAAAGAAAGAAAAAACAAUCGAAGUCAAAACAAGUCGCCUCUGUGAUCUAAACCAUGUACGAAAGAAAAACGGCGACAGGUCUUAGGGAAUAUGUUUCACUUGGGCAAGUUUAAUUGAUCUGUCAUAUUAGCUAGUAUUAGCCAUUUUUCAUGCUGUCCAGAAAUAAAGACAAAUUAUGUCGUUUGUGAAAUAUCCAGGAAACAACAACAGUGGAAACAGCUAAUUCUAAUCAGAUGUUUGCUACAUCACAACUUAAUUAGCAUAGGCCUUUCCAGGUCCCAUUUAGCACAUAAAAUCUUUUUCGACAAAGACAGAAACCAUGAGUGUAAAAAAUACUCAUGCAGCUUUUCUAGUGUGCUAUAUUAAGCUGCCUCAAGCAGAGCUUCACAGAGCAGUUAGUAUGGCCACAGAAUCACGGACAGAUCUUAAAAAACUGGGCAAAGCUAUCUGCAGAUACCACCAGAGGAAAGUCAGAAAUAUGUACUUUUUUGUAAUUUGGGUGAACUGAUCCUUUAAACAUCUGAGAGCUGGUUUUAAAAUCAUCACUUCUCAUGUUCCUCACCAUGUGUUUAAAAGCAUAAUGGCUAGUUUUCAUCCUGCGGUCGGUGUGUGUGAGACUCUGUAGUAUUAUUAUCCCUUUCAGUGUGGCCUCUGGGCCAUCCAAGGCCUUAAUAUUCAACAACACACUUUCUCCACAGAUGGAACAGACAGCAGACAAACAGGGCAUGCAGAAUUAAAGCAACAACUGAAACUCUGUACAGUCCACAGCAACAAUCCCUUUAUAUAUUCAUCUGCUUGCAAUACCUCUGAUCCACCUGCUGGUGGUGUUCUGUUCCCCACAUGUGCUGCUGCUGCUGCUGCCGCUGGGAGACACUUGUGAGGUGUUCCCCGGAUUCUUGCUCUUUUUGCGCGUAGGAUGCCGAACAUGAAGGACCUGCAGAGGAGCUGAACUCUGGGAGGGAAGGAGGCAGUAUUUCAACAUAGCUUUCACUCACAGAGACCUGUUAAUCUUUCAGUAUUUUUACUAAUCGGACUGAAGAGUGAGCCGGAAGUGAUUCAGCGUGAAUGUUGAACAGACUGGAUCGAUCCUUUCGGUGGUGAAUGUGGAAAAAAAAUCAUGAGAGCAAACAUCAUGUCAUCGCUUCUGUCUGUUGAACUGUAUAUUUUCAUACAAAGGGGACGUAGUAGAAGAGGAAGGAGCUGCCUCACAUCUCCAGUCCAAAAACACAAGUGAUGUGCACAAAAUAGUUUCCAAUGCUGAUGCCACCCGCGCUCAUCAGGACAGGUUCACAGGUCUUAAAACAACAGACAGGUGCCCGUAUUAACAGUGGACCAUUAUUUGCAUGCUGUAAUCAUCCAACUGUUCGUACUGGAGAUCAAAAGAUUUCUAAUGUGCUUCCACUGUAAGUGAUGAAGAACAAAAUCCACCUUGUUCUGUGCAAAAAUGUAUCAAAUCUUUAGCUGACAAUGAAGCUAUAUAAAGUGUCAGCAGUCAGAGUUAGUCAAAUCAAGUGGAUUUAUUCCAGAGUUAAAGAUAUUUAGUAUGAAAUUAGAUGAAAAUAACGUUUUGUACUGAGUCUGCUCUCCUAACGGAAGAUGUGCUGCUGUCUUUAAACUCUAGAAACCAUGCCAAUUUAUUGUUUUGAUACUCUCAGACUCCAAUAAGAUAGUUUGUAAAUGUGUGGUGGUUCCUUGUGUGGGUGGUAGUUCAUUUAUUCAUUUAUUUGGAUCCCCAUUAUUCACUACCAAGAUAGCAACUUCUCUUCCUGGGGUCCUCAAAUGUGUAAUGUUGUUUCUUUGUCUUUUUGUUUAGAUUUUUACUGUUGUUUACUUUUGUGUUUGUUUUGUCCUGUUUGUUCUCUUUUUUACUUUUCCUCUUCCACAUGCUUUUGUUCAGCGAAUAACACUGGAAGAUGGUUGUUACGUAUAAUCCCAUAGGGGGAUUGGCCAGACUCUAAAUAAAAUAUUCAUAAUAAAUAAAUUCAUAAAAAUGAAUGAAUGAUGUAGUAAGCAGUCAGGGGAACACCUUAAAUGGUUUAAAUUGCAUCUACAAUAUAAAUCAGCAUCAGUUAUGAUUGCUAAUUUUCAUAUUUUUCUAUUGCUGACCCCUGUGGCGUACCCCAAGGUUCCAUCCUAGGUCCUGUUUUAUUUAAUCACAUAUGUGUCUAAUGAGCUUUGUGUUUUGAAAAUACAACAUCCCUUAUCACUGCUAUGACAAUGACAUGCAACUUUACUUCCCCUUUGAAAUCAAGCAAAAAAACAUGACCUAAAGGCCCUUUAAAAGCUACAUUUUUUAAAGUAAAUUAGAAGGGUGUAGACUCAAAACGAGUUUCUCUUGGGCCUCUGUCUUCUGUCUUUUGGUACAUAUGUCCGAAAUCUGGAUGCAAUUUUUGACACAGUGUCAAAAUCUGACAAACAAUAAAGUUCUGUCAGUAUCAGGGCUUCCCACUCACUAAUUUAUUUGUGGUAGCCCACCACAAUAAGCACAUCUCCUGCCAUGUAUUGAUUUUGUAUUUUUUGAGCUGGACUGUUCACUGGGAGUGCCACUGGAAUCUAUAUUGUUCAUUCAUUGCACCACACUCUUGCAGUGCAGAUCGUACUAUGGACUCAGAGUGAGCAGCAGAAUGGCAGGUGCAGUGAAAGUCAAACUUAACCGUAAAUUGCGCUGGGUCUAAAAGUUUGCCUUCAUUCACCUCUGCAGCAGCUGCUCCAUUCAUCAAUCUGAUCUGAUCAGCUCUGAUUGGAAUGACUGAUCAGUUAUCCUACCCAUGACUCAAGCUCCACAAACCUGAAGUGUUCUGUCUGAGCUAUUCACACACAUGCAUAAACCUCCAAAUUUAAAGAGGAGAGAGAAUGAUACAAAGGCAAACAUACCUGUUGUUGUCAGCUGCUAUAAUGACAAACUCUGGAGAAUAGUCACUUAGUUUUUAUUUCUGUCACAGCCUUAGAUUUGCUUCAGAUAAGCUUUAUUUUUGCAGAGAAUGAGGAAUGUGGAUUUUAUUCCCCAUCAUUUCAAGUGAAAGCACAUUAAGAAAGGAUAUUUUAAUGAUUAGUAUGAAAGGAGGGAUCAUUGCAGCAAUCAAAACCUGUUUCAAUGUUCAUAUGGGCACCUGACUGUUGUUUUAAGGCAGAUUUGAAAAAUUGUGAACCUCUCCUUUUAAACCCAUGAAAGCUUUUGGAUGUGUAGAAGGGUUGUACCUCAUGUUCAGUUCAUUUUAUCUAUGCUGUUGUUUUACGCCCAGCUUCCACUCAACACAAGAGUGUCUGUUUCCACUCUCUGUGUGAUCAGCAAUGUCUUCAACCCAACACAAGAAGCCAAAAUCAUUCUCUAAAUACUGUAGUUAAUCAACUGUAUGACCUCAUUGUUGUUUUUUUGCACUAGUUUACGGUGGAAUUAGACUCUAGUUACCAUCUCAUGUCACUACAUUUGGACACCUCUGUAGUGCAUGACACUUUUUGUUCAUUUCAGGGUAUACUGUAUGUGCUGAUACGCACAUAGAUUCGUCUGUACAUUUUGCCAGGAUGUGAAGAUAAUGGAAGUAAAUGUGCCAAACAGUAGACAGUUCUUGAGGAGAUGUAUUUAAACCAGGGGUUUUCAAAGUCUUGGUGGGUCCCCAACACCUCCCGCCCUCCUAUUCUAUUAUUAUUCUUUGUCUUAAUUCUAUUUUUAUCAUGUUUUGGAUCUACAGUUCCCAUAAUGCUGUGAGAGAUGUAAACAAGGAAGUAUGGAUUCAGUGAGUUAUGCAAGCCCCCUGGAACAGCGCUGGGACUCUAAAUCAGUGAAUAGAAAUUUCUUAACGUCAAAACCCCAGUGAAAUGACGCGUUUGACUAUCGGGAUUUGGUCUAAUAAUGAUUGGAAAGUCUAGUCGAGCCGCACAGUUAAAUAAUUUUAUCACCAUUCAAGUUAGCAGAUGGCUAAAUUAGAAGUUAGCUGUUUGGUUGGCAAAUGUCUUGUGAAAUUGUGAUCAUUCUCACAGAUGAUAAAAUACUUCUUGCAAUGUUUAGGCUCCAGAAAUCCUGCCAUUUUAAUUUGUGAUACCAGUGGAGCAUCUCAGACAUGUAGUAAGAAUAAGAGUAGAUUUAAACUGUAUCUAUAACGUAGUAGUGUCAGUUACAGUUGAUAAUUUUCCAUCCUGUUCUGCUGUUGUCUCCUGUGGUGUACCCCAAGGCUCCAUCCUGGGCCCUAUUAUGUUUUAUGAUAUAUGCUUCCACUGGGCUUUGUGUUUUGAAAAUUCAACAUCCCUUAUCAUGCAGCUAGCCUGUACUUCCCCCUUGAAACCAUUCAAUUGCAAGACACGUGUUUUUUGUAUGAUUUAUAAGCAAAUUUUAGGAUGUUUAUUUGCAGGGAUAAUGUGAUAGGGAUAUCAGGGGGAAGUGUAAGCACACUGAAUCCAUAAUUAUCAAUCAAUCAAUCAAUCAAUCAAUCAAUUUUAUGUAUAAAGCCCAAUAUCACAAAUCACAAUUUGCCUCACAGGGCUUUACAGCAUACAACAUCCCUCUGUCCUUUGGACCCUCACAGCAGAUAAGGAAAAACUACCCUUUAACGGGGGAAAAAAAACAGUAGAAACCUCAGGAAGAGCAACUGAGGAGGGAUCCCUCUUCCAGGAUGGACAGAUGUGCAAUAGAUGUGUAUCAUGUUAUGAGUCAUGAGCUAUGACUCCGAGUAUGAGUCAUGGUCAAGGUUCCCACAUUUUUUACCAAUGAAUUUUCAAAUUUUACUUGCCUGUUGGACUUUCUUUCCGCCAACUAGCUGCGUACACCAAUCAUGUGAUACCAGAGACAUUUCAAUUGUCAUGCAGUGCAGCACUAGAUUUUAAAAUUAGUCAUACAAGGAAUGGAUUUAAUGUAACAUUAGAUAUGUUUCAGGAUUUAUAUGAACAUAUUUUAAACCAGCGGUUCCCAACUGGUCCAGCCACAGGGUCCAUAUUUCUCCUCAGUCAUUAGCUCAAGGUCCUCACAGUUUAAUACAUUCAGGGUCAUACUCAUGUUUGGCCAUGUCGUUGAGCUAGUUUGCCAUAUCUGUCAAGUUGCUGUCUGUUUGUCACUCACUGUACAGCAGGAAAUGGCACUUCAGAGUAAAAGCUUUGUGCUGGAAAUUCACUGUACUUAAAAAUUAAGCUUGUUUUUGUAAAAACUUUUUUUUUUUUUUUUAAGAUAUUUUCAUGGGCAUUUUUUGCCUUUAAUUGAUAGGAUAGUGAAGUGUGAAAGGGGGAGAGA